GCUAUUAGCUUGCAGACGACGUUAGCAAGCAGAAUGACACGAAUGUUCCUAAGGCUAAGGGGUCUUCAGCCACAAUGCUCUUCGAUUUAUGAUGCUGCUUCGCGUUUUAUAGGAAGGGAAUGUCAUAAUCAGACGGCCCCUCAAAACAAAGCUUGUCUGUUGUGCACUGAACGCGAAACAAAACCAAGACUACGUCAGCUCUGUUCAGAUGCAAUGCAUGCUCCUGCAAUUUCUCCAUCAAAGAGGGCAAGGACAGAAACGAAGCCUGCAGAGGAAAGACCUGUCCUCAGAUUUGCAAAACUUUCUGAGCAUGCUACAAAACCUACCAGAGGUUCAGCUAAAGCAGCGGGAUAUGAUCUCUACAGUGCAUAUAAUUACUCCAUUGGUCCUAUGGAUAAGGCCAUUGUGAAAACGGACAUCCAGAUAGCAGUUCCACAUGGUUGCUAUGGGAGAGUGGCACCCAGAUCUGGACUGGCAGCAAAAAAUUUCAUUGAUGUUGGUGCUGGAGUUGUAGAUGAAGACUAUAGAGGAAAUGUGGGAGUUGUGCUCUUUAACUUCGGCAAGGACACAUUUGAAGUGAAAAAGGGUGACAGAGUUGCUCAGCUGGUGUGUGAGAGGAUCUGCUACCCAGAUCUGGAGGAGCAACAGACUCUUGACGAGACAGAGCGUGGUGCUGGAGGUUUUGGAUCAACUGGACGCAGCUGAAGGCUCCAAAUACAAUAGAAGUCGAGUGUAUACGAUGAAACUGUAUAGAUAGGGUGCUAAUAAAGUUAAUGUUUUUUUUGUA